ACAAGCGUAUCAUAAAUGCUGUGCAACAAAAACCCAUGCCUGGAAUUUUGGUUCCAAUAUCAGCUCCGAUAUCAUCUUCCAUAGCAACGCUAUCCGGUCCAGUUCCACCUCCACCACCUCCUCUUCCACCGACUGACUUAACUGUAAAUCGUAUUGCACUCUCUCAACCACUACAGCAGACAUCUCCACCGCCACUCCAACGGCAAACUACAGACAAAACACUUCCACAGUACGAAGAGGCUGCCAAACAGUUAGCGGCCAAUAACAAAACAGGAAAAAAUCACAUUAAAUCACAAGUUAUGACUGACGUUCUCGAAAUUUUAAUAAAAAAUGGAGAACUACCAGAAACUGCUGUAUUCGAUCCAGCAACACCCAACACCAGGAACAAAUAUCAAUUUGACUCAGAGUAUGAUUUAUCAGCCGUCAAAAUUGACAAUUAG